AUGUCUAUGAAACGAUUUUUGUCAAGGUCGUCGAGCAAAGCAACUCCGGGUCAAGGUGACGACGCUUCCAUUACCCCAUCAAGUAUGGGCUCAGAUAUCCCAAUAGUGCCACUUCCAAGCAAUCAGUCAGGCGAUUCUCAUGACUCCAUCAAGGAGUUGGGCCCCAUGUUCAGGCAACAGCAAACAAAGCAAACACCCGAUAAUGAUGACAGCUAUGAUAUGAUGCAUUUGAACUUGAAUCCAACCAUUCUGGAUUCCAACAAGAUUGUUCCCUCGAUUAAGGGCUCUACCAUUCAGGACUCGUUGUUUUCAAGCAGACAAUCAUACUCCACUAACCAGUCUUCUUAUAGAACCGGUGGCACCAACACCAGUGGUAGCGGUAGCAGUCAGUUUGCCAAACGAAAACAUGACCUAAACACUUCUCAGCCAUUGCAGACUCUCAAAAUAUUGGAGGAAAAUGAACACCAAAAUUUGGAAGAGUUGAUACGAGAUAAUUUGAAACAGUUGUAUCAGGAUUUGGCAUACACAAUGAGUCAGUUCUACAACUCUACAGCCAGUCUAUCAUCAACUGUUAUUAAUAUUAUUGACUGCUUGAAGAAAUUUAAUGUUUUUGUGGAAAAAGCCGCUGCUGCCAAGUCAAAUGAAAAAUAUGUUUUCACCAGUUACAAUUCAUCGAGUACAAGGAAGAUUUUGAAAAUAUAUCUUGAGUUGUACGAUAAUUUGUUAACAGAUCAAGUUUAUAUUAAGUUGAAAUUGUUGUUGGUUAAAAAUUUUAAUGACUUUGCCGUGUUGUUAAAUAGUCAGGAGACGAACCAAGCAAGCGAAGAAAUGAUCAAACCAAAGAACUACCCCAUAGGCUGUAUUAAGGGGAAACUGUUGCCAAAUGAAGAAAUCUUGGUACGCAUAAUUGAAAAAGUGUCGCACAGCGAUUUAUCUAUGAAGGAGCAAAAUGGAUCAUUCAUUGCUCCGAUAACUCGAGGUAUCUCAAACGACUUGAACAUUUUAUGCCUAUAUUUCGGAUACCCUGACCCCACUGAGUAUCACCAUAGUCUAACUCAGAGUUUGCGUGAAUUGUACGACGACGUACACAUUGUUCUUGUCAAAAACCAAAUUGAGUUGGCCAGCGCUACUAGGGUAGAUGCAGCAAGUUCUUUCAAUAAACCAGCAGCAUUCAAUGAUGGAUUCCCACCUUUGCAUACACAUAACACACAGAAAUUCAAGUUGCCAUUUAGAGUACCUACAGAUGCACACCAUGUGCCUAUGUCCAUGUCAAUAUCGAUUGAGAAUGCCACUCGAACAUCGGGAACUAUGGGAGGCUAUAUUUAUCCCAUUAUUGACUUACAAAAGCAACCACAUUUGAAGUCUUAUGCAAAUUCCAAAUUUGCAAUAUCAUGUGGGCACGUGUGUUUGGAUUCAGACAAUCCCGAGAAUUACCCUAAUGUGUCCUCGCCGUCGUCGGUUUUGAUAUCAUUAUACAAACAAGCAUUAACUGAACAAUACCACAAAAGUCUUGAUAGGAAUAGCACUGCUGCUGUGUUUUCUGAAACUCGUGUUGCAUUUGGUGCUGUUCUUCAACAAUUGGAGGAAAUGUUCCCAUUGAAGCAAAUAAAAAAAUCAAGCACUAACAAAAACGGUGCUUAUAAGGACGAGUAUGAAGUUCGUAAUUUACCGAAAUAUAGAUUUGGACAAAUAAUUUGGGGUGAAAGAACUUUAAUUAGGCUAAAUGGUGAAGUCAACGACAGUGGGCAUAACCAAAUAAAUGAAAUGAGUGGGAUUGUGGAGAAGAAAUUGUCUGAUUUAGCCAUUAUCAAGGUCAAUAAAAAAUUGAAAUGUGAGCACAAUUAUCUUGGUGAUGAUGUUCAAUUUAAUGAGUAUGAUCCUAGUUUAAUGUUUGAUAAUUUAUAUGUCAGAAAAAUCAUUAACUUGAAACGAUAUGUUCCAAAAGUGAUAAAUACAGAUAUCGAAGACGUUGAUUCUGAUGUCUCGGACCAUAGUGAAAUGCAAACGUAUUUUGGAAUUCCAGUUUUCAAAUAUGGAUCUACUACUAAAUAUACUAAAGGACACCUCAAUGGUAUUAAGUUAGUUUAUUGGUUGGAUGGUGCAAUUCAUUCGAGCGAAUUCAUUGUCAAUUCCAUUGAAGCUAAUUCGGCUUUUGCAUCAGGUGGUGAUAGUGGAUCGUGGAUAUUGACCAAAUUAGAUGAUGUCGAAGAAAAUUCAAAAGGAUUGGGGGUAUUAGGAAUGUUGCAUUCGUAUGAUGGUGAAUUCAAACAGUUUGGAUUGUUUACACCAAUGACAGAGAUAUUACAACGAUUAGAAGAAGUGACCCAUAUCAAAUGGGGGGUUGUUGGGUGUGACAAUAAGCAUGAUGAAUGUGAUGAUGAGUUUCAUGGAUUCGAUACUGAUGACGAUGAUGAGCUUGAUCGUCAAUCGGCAUUCCUGGAUAAUGAUGAUGCUUCCAAGAGUAGUGAUGGCGCAUAUCCACCAGAUAUAGAGUAA